GAAGAUACAAAUAUGCAUUCAUCCCAAAAGGAAGAAGAGGAGCAGACAAUAGAAGUAGUCAAAUUAAUUGUUACAGAUCAGGAGGAACAUUUUGAUGAAUCUAUUUCUAAUAAUGAUGAAAAAUAA